AUGGUUCUUACGAUUCAGUACCUGGUCGUAGCAAUUGUUGUCAUACUCUUAAUUUCUCACCUCGUAAAAAGGGCUACAACAGGUUCUGCCCGGAAGCCAUCGGAAGCAGCCGGUGGGUGGCCUUUGAUCGGUCAUCUUCACCUCAUAGGUGGUUCCACUGAGCCUCCUUACAUAACCUUAGGUACCUUAGCAGACAAGUAUGGCCCAAUAUUCAGCAUCCGAAUCGGUGUGCAUCCUGCAGUGGUGGUAAGUUCUUGGGAAUUAGCCAAAGAGUGUUUCACCACUCUCGACGUCGUGAUCUCUUCUCGUCCCAAAUACACCGCUGCUGAAAUCUUGGGCUACAAAUAUGCUAACUUUGGGUUCUCCCCUUACGGAGAAUUCUGGCGUGAGAUGCGCAAGAUUACGGCUUCAGAGUUGCUCUCCUCUACGCGCUUCGAACUUUUUCAAGAUAUUAGACACUCCGAGAUCCAGAGCUCCUUCAAAGAGUUGUACAGAGCAUGGGCGGACAAAAGUGGUGGGUCCCCUUAUUUAUUGGUGGAGAUGAAACAGUGGUUCGGAGACGUUAAUCUGAACGUCAUUCUGCGGAUGAUUUCGGGAAAGCGAUACUCUUCCAAAAGUGAAGACGAGCAACAGGUGAGGCGGAUUCGGAGGGUUUUCAGAGAGUUCUUCCGUUUGACAGGGUUGUUUGUGGUUGGAGACGCGAUUCCGUUUCUGGGUUGGUUUGAUUUGGGAGGUGAAGUGAAGGAGAUGAAAAAAACUGCUUUGGAAAUGGAUAUCAUCGUUUCUGAAUGGUUAGAAGAACAUCGCCAGAAAAGAGAUUCAGAUGAGAGCAAAACAGAACAGGACUUCAUUGAUGUUUUGUUGUCCGUCCUUGUAGGCGUUGACCUUGCCGGUUAUGAUCUUGACACUGUCAUAAAAGCAACCUGCACGAUGCUGAUUGCUGGAGCAACUGAUACCACAGCAGUUACCAUGACAUGGGCACUGUCCUUGUUGCUAAAUAAUCGGCAGGCAUUGAAGAAAGUACAAGAUGAAUUGGAUGAGCACGUGGGAAAGGGAAGAUUAGUGACUGAAGCAGAUAUUAACAAAUUAGUUUACCUUCAAGCUGUGGUUAAAGAGACACUGCGAUUGUAUCCAGCAGGGCCAUUCUCGGGUCCACGUGAAUUCACAGAGAAUUGUACACUAGGUGGCUUCAAUAUCCAAGCGGGUACCCGAUUUAUGUUGAACAUUUGGAAAUUACAUAGAGAUCCACGAAUAUGGUCAAAUCCACUAGAGUUUCAACCAGAAAGGUUUCUGAACACCCACGCAAGUGUUGAUCUGAAGGGUCAGCAUUUUGAAUUACUUCCCUUUGGUGGUGGAAGAAGAUCCUGCCCUGGCAUAUCAUUUGGCCUUCAAAUGACACACUUGGCAUUGGCUUCACUUUUGCAGGCAUUUGAAAUCACCACCCCGUCCGAUGGUCAAGUUGAUAUGAGUGCCACGUUUGGACUCACAAACAUGAAAACCACUCCUCUUGAGGUUUUAGUCAGACCCGUCUUAUCACAUCAGCUACUCUUUGUCGAUGAAGUUUAG